GUGCCCGUCUUCUGCCUGCUCGCCGGCAACCUUUACGAGUACUUGAACCGUCCCGCUUGGCACUCGGCCUUGCGGCGUCUCCAGGCCAGCCGGCCAGACUGCCUGUCGCCUCGAGGCCUGGCCUGGCAACAGCCCGGUUGCCAGCCGGAGACGGGCCCGUCGCCCGAGUCGGCAAUGCUGCGCAUCUUCUCCAGCCUCGUCGUUGGCAUCACCUCAGGCAUGUGGGUGUGGGCGAAUCGGAAGACUGUGCUCAUCUGGCACCAACUGGCCGUCAACUGUGUCUGUUGCGGCCGCGGUUGCCGGGCCACGCGUGCCAUGACUGCUCCGCCCGCCUACCUUUGUCCGACGGGCCCGAGUCCGCGACGGCCAGACGGACUGCGGGCGGUGGGGGGCGGCCCGCUGCUACACAGCCUGCCCUACGACCUCGGCCUGGUGGGCCGGGAGACGGGCGAGGCGGGCGUCUACGCGACCGGCCGAGGCUUCCCGGCCCGACUGACGGCCUCGACGAUGCACUGCCUGACCAACGGGGGCGGCGGCGGCGGCGGCGGCGGCCAUCUGCUCGUCGGUGGCCAGACGGCCCCGAGUGGGGCGCAGCAGAUGGCGGCCGGCCAGGUCGGAGCCAACAUCAGCUCGGCCGGCUCGGGCUCGGCGGUGAACUCGGCCAGCGGCACGAUGCCGAGUCACGUGCAGAUGGUGUCCACUGCCAACGGGCCGAGCAGUUUGAGCGGACCGCCGUCGCAUCUCUACAGCUCGGGCGGCUAUUCAUUGGGUCCGGCCAAUCUGGCCACCGCCGCGGCGCCGCAUCUCAGCGAGUUGGCAGUCGAGUCGGCAGGCCAGGCCACCGACGGGCUGGCCGGCGCGAGGCUGACGCACCCGCUUUUUCUGCCUGACGAAGCUCAGCCGCUGUCAGGCUCGUCGGGCCUGAAGGAGUUUGUCUGUCUGUCCGGCCCACCAAGCACCACGUCAGCCUCCGGCCCCGACUAUCCCGCCUAUCCGCCCGCCUCGAUGACCGCCUACUCAAUGCCGCCCGCGCCAGCCACGCACCAGGCCCUCCUCAGGCCGGAUCAGGCCCAGCCUGGCCUGUUCGUCGAGCCUUCGGUAGGCGUCAUUUUGGCCAGCGGCGCUUCGUCAUCCUCCAAAACCAGUCACAAGUACGCCUCAUGCGUAUGA